CCCUCGGCGGCUCCCGGCUCCGCUCAGGGAGGGCUGGGGGCUCGCUCGGCUCUGGGUGCGUCACCGCCCGCGGCAGGACAGAUUCUGCAUCCCAGAUGAACUACGAAAAUCCUCCACCUUACCCUGGCCCGGGCCCGUCGGCCCCUUACCCACCCUAUGCCCCACAGCCGGGCGGCCCUCCUGGCCCCUACCCUGGCUAUCCACCCGGACCCGUGGGGCCGUACCCGCCAGGCCAGCCAGGCUAUCAAGGUUAUCCGCAGUAUGGAUGGCAAAAUGCACCUCCGCCUCCAGGACCGGUGUAUGCAGAUGGGCCUAAAAACACAGUGUACGUCGUGGAGGAGAGGCGGAGGGACGACUCGGGGGAGAGCGCCUGCCUGACGGCAUGCUGGACUGCACUCUGCUGCUGCUGCCUCUGGGACAUGCUGACCUGAGCCGCCAGAGCCGCCGUACCUCUCACGAGUGCUAUGCAGUCUCCCCACUCCUUUCCUGACUCCUUUCUGUUACUGUAAUCAACGCUCUGCUUUGCACAGCCAAGAGUUCCUGUCAGUCCUAGCGCCUUGUUGGGGUGGGGGGGGUGCACUCCUUUAUUUUAGUAAAGGAAAAUCCCUUUUUAACAUUUCUAAAACUUUUGUUGUAACUUUGAAGAAUGUGCUCAUGGUGUAUUUCAGCCAAAGGCAUUCUGAUGAAAUAUUUAUCAGUUGAAAUUUUCCUAGUCCUAGAAAAGAAGAUAUACGCAAUAAUUAAAGCCAACAGUUGAUUUUAUUUGCUAAGUCCCAAUUGUUUCAAUAAAUCUGUCCCGUAGAGGGUGUGCUUUCCCCA